AUGGUUUUUGUUGUAAGUUUUCCUGUUUUUAAAUAAAUAUAGCGACAAAAGCAUAAAAUCUGAGAACGUCCUUGAAAGCAUUGCUUUUGUCUUGAGAAAGUUUCGGUGUCAAGAAGAACAUUUGUCUGCUUAUCCAAUCGCCAAAUCUGUCCGUUUGUAAUUGCGUGGUGUAACAGACUGUGUGCACAAAACACGGUAUUUCGAUCUGGUCAACCCGCUGUCCCUGCCGUCCUGUGGGAAGGAAGACAUUUCAGUUAGAGCUGUUUGUUUUGGAACGUCACAAGCUGUAUGUAUUAUAUUAUAGGGGCACCGGACAGAAAGGGCGCGCUGUUAGCAAUCUGACCGAAUUUCUAGGCCGCGAAGUAAUUUUCCACUGAAAACGUGGCUUAAUUUUUCAAACUCGGCCCCGAGGUCGCUCAAUUUGCACUGCAAAAAGAGUUUCUCAACAGAGCGCCAUUUCUGUGCGGUGCCCCUAUAAUAAGUGCAGUCAGCUGUGGCUACCCUUUGGCGUAAACAACAGUUGCAUUCCGACUGUUGUUUUCUGUCCCUUCUGUCCGAUCUCUCUCUCUCUCUCUCAGUGUACUGUUUCCUCCUGGUCACCACGACUCGCUGCGCAAUGUUUCAUUUCUUUGUGGCAUGGACUCGUAUGACUGACGAGUGAGCCACAGCUCUCCUAUCCCCUCUGUUUCUCACUCGUUCUUCUUCUCUCUCCGAUAGACAUUUUCUCACUUGUCGAUAUGAGCAUUAGCCGGUUUCUUUGUUUCUAGUUUCUUUUAUUUGCAUAGAAAGUAUACAGCGAUUCUUUGCGAGGGUGCAGAGAGGAGAGGGAGAAAGUUCGGACUCCGUCCCCUGAACUGUCGGCUGCUUAUUUCGCCGGCCGGCGGCGCCCUCUUCAAGCCUUUUCCGUGCGCCAGAACUUCAGAUGCGUGCUGCACGAGCAACCAUACUUCGAAAAAAGCAGUUUCUGACAUUUCUAGACAUUUCUGCGAGUUUCUCGUUGCUGCUUGCGGGUUUCCAUUACAAUGAACUCAUUCCUAAUGGGGCUAUUCAGCGUAUGUUUGUUUUCCGUUUUUUUGUUUUUUUACAUCGCUGAAUUGGGUUUUUUGACGAAAAAAAACGAAAAAAAAACAGAAAAAAAUCAUUUUUUUCACAGCCUGAAUAACCCCAUAAAAAAUUAGGAAAAAUGAAUCAGUAUUCUGCAAACAGCACGCAUCAGAAGUUUUGGCGAGCGGAAAAAGUCUUGGAGAGGGCACCGGGACAGGGACCGAACCUUCUCCCUCUCCUCACUGCACCCUCGCAAAGAAUCACCGUGGAAAUACAUUAUUCUCACGCUUUUUUUCCGAUUCAGCUGUCCAUUCGAGUUUAAACUGGAUGUCUUCGCUGACAUAAGAAAGCCAUGGCAAGAAGGAGAAUGGUAGAGGAAUUUAGUAGCAAAUAUCAUAAAUUACUCGUCCUCUACACUUAAAUUGUUUUAUAUUCUUCAGGCUCUGGAGGACGAAGAUAUCGAGGAUAUUUUUCUAAAUGUUGCAAAGCCAAUGAUGCUCGAUAUGAAUGGUCAGUUGAAUUCGAGCGAAACCAUUCAAUUAUUUUUUUCCAGGCAUAUACCAGGAAAAGACACUGGAAGAGGUGGAGAAAGCAAGAAUCAGAGAGAUGCCAAAGUUCGAAAAGAAGUUUUACAACGAAAAGAAAGACAAGCCUGCUAUGUUCGAUUCUGAUAAUUUUUUUUGUAAUGGUUUCGGCCUUGCAGUGAGCAGCAAAGAGUUCAAUAUUUCCAAGUAAGUUCUGAUCUUCGUCACGUUUUUUGAAGUGUAUCAGUAGUAAUCCUAUAUAUUUUUUUUUUUUUCAGAGAUGAUAUGGAAUCGUACAAGACUGGUCCGGAUCCCAAGGCCUCCUGGUGCACGCUACCGAUUUCCAUUCCGAUUGGAAUAUUUGCACCCAAAAAGUCAAUCAAAUGGGCGAAUGCCGAACGAGAUAUGUUCGAUGAUUCGAGUAGGAAGCUGACGGGUUUCCUGAAAGACAAGGGUAUGCCGAGAGUUCCGAACACCCUGAGACGUAUCGCUAGGGGAGAAACAUGCUCGUUACGUAUGGCAAGACUCAGUGAGAAAUUCUCUAGACCGAAAUUACUGCAUAAUCCUUACAUUCCAAACAGAUGAAUGCCGACUGGAGAAGAGACUGAAGAAGCAAGUGGCUCGCGGAUACGAGAACUGCUUCGGUUUCCGCGGACUGAUUCCGUUGAUGCUGACCAGCACGGCAGAAGACGAGUGAGCCAAUUAAACGAAAAUUCGAUUGGAAUAACGUUUUAUUCCAGAAGGAAGAACAAAUUAAUCAUGCGCCUCCGCGAACACAUUGACCCUGAUAACGUCCCUGAUAACACAUUGCAGGAACGUUUAAAGAAUCAACAGAAGGAGCUCUAUGAGUUUCUGAAUUCCCCUGAAAAUACAGCUCCCAAGGUUCUGUUGCCCCCGCCGACCGCGCCUGGCAAGAUAUCUCGCCAUGCUCCGCCGAGAAAGACGACAAAAAAGAUGGAUGGAUUGCGAUUGAUUGAAAACGAAUUAGUUAGCCGCAAAAGAAAGAUGUCCGUUUCGAGCGUUACUACCGAUGAGGGAAGCGUGAAGAAAAUGUCGGUCGGACCUUCUUCGUCGGUCACCAGCCAGGAGAAAGAACAUGAAACCGUUCUGAGACGAUCGGAUUCAGAAGCGAAGAAGAAGAUGGAUUUGAAAGCGAAGAGGAAGAGAGAAGCGGUCGAGCAAAAAGAGCGAGAAUAUGCAAAGAAGGCGGCCAGAGAUGCAGAAGAACUCAAGAAGAGGCUGGAGUUGGAAAGGGCCGAGUUCGAGAGGAAUCAGGAGAAGAUAAGGAUUGAAGAGGAGCAACAAGAAGAACUUCGCAAAAAAGAGGAGGAGACGAUGCGGGCGCAGUUGUUGGAGGCUAAACAGAGGAAGGAAGAAGCAGAAAGACAGGCAAGAAGUGCGGAACAGGAGAGAAUGAAAGCUGAAGAGCUGGAGAGACUCAAAAGAAGCAUUGAUGCGAAGAAGAAGGAUGUGUUGAGGGAGGAGAAGGUGGUCGAAGUGGUUGAAAAACCCGUCCCAGAAAUUGCGCACCACAAACCCCUCCAGGAAAGUUGGAAUUUGUUCCAAAUUUCCAUGCCAAUCGAUUGGCUAGAUCGAAAAAGUAGGCAUACGCCCGAGUUUGAAACUUUCAAACAAAUUAGCGUUUUCAGAAAAGUUCUACGCUCAUUACGAUAUGCCCGACAUCGCCGAGCAUCGUCAAAUGGAACGAGAUCAAAAGCGGGGUGAGCACAAAGACGGGAAUCCUCCGUUCAUCAUUCCACAAGAGAACAACGCCUCGACUCAGGUUUUCGCCACUCUAACGGUCCCGAAAAAACAGAAGAAAGUGGAACCACCGAAGAAGGAAAUUGCGAAGCGAGCUGUCAUUCUGCCACCGGUUCCGAUGGCUGUGGCUGCUACUGACGCCGAACUAAAAAAGCUAGGGCACGAAUUGGCAAAUAUGGUCAACCGGAAAAGAAAUCUGUCUAGCCUCUUUUCAUUGAGUGAGUACUACAUGUUUUUACUAUCUCAGCUGUUUUUUUAGAAGACGACGAGAUCAAUUACGACGAUCCGGAUAAGAGGCUGAUCGACUUACAAGGGGCGUUUUCAAUUCCGUUUAGACAGUCCGACGGACAGUACUGGCCAGUUUUCUGUGGAAUGGACGGAGUGUCUCACGAGAAUCACAUUGAGGCCAUUACUGCGUGCCACACAUUUUCGGGAAAGUUCGCUUCUUAUCUUCUGUUGACCACGGCGUCGGAAGAUGACUGCGUGGAGAAGAAGUUCGAGGAAGCAUACGAAAAAUCGGAUGGCGAGUGGGAGGAUUACAGCACGAAGCCAGGCCGAUUCAUGGAUCGAAAGGGCUACUUGGCCAAGGUGAACGCUUCCAACGAGUCAUUCGAGGUGCAAAAAGAGCGUGCUCGCGCAAAGCAUCAGCAGGAGUGGCAAGAUGAACAGAGAGAAAUGGUCGAGUUCGGAAUAUACGCGGAGGAGUACCAGAAGAACAAAAACGACGCCGUCGGUUUUACGGAGCGGCUGGAUGUUCACUUACAAGAACUUGUCAGUGAUGCUCGUCUCGACGUUUAUUCGAUAAAGGAAAACUUCAAAGAUUACGGUAUUUCCACGAACCACAAUCAUCCGGGAACUCGUGAAAGUCCUCUCGAUCCACGCUGGCAUAACCAUGGCUAUUAUCGCUAUCAGAAGAGUCGUAACAAGGCAUAUGCCGACUUUAUGGAAGACAGAUGCGCAGAUUACGAGCUUUAUUUGCCCAACGGAAGCAAGGAAGACUUCUUCGAAUGGUGCUUCUCCCCGAUGCUCGCUUCGCUUUAUUAUCAAGUCAAUUAUGAUCAGUUCCAACUGAAUUCGUCAGAAGAUCUGAAGAAAAUGGAGGAAAGACGCAAAAAAUACAUACAACUAAUAAACGAGAGACGAUUCGUUCUGGCACAUGCAAUGGACUUGUGCAAACUAACACACAUCGACGAGCAGCAGUGGACCAUCUUGUACGAUCAGCUGAUUGCUCACUUCAAAGAUUUCCGUAAGUUCUCUCCAUUCGAACAUUAUCGAUUCAUCAUUUUCAGCGGCCUUAUGUAUCAUUAUGUACAAUCCAAGAAUGCCAUUGAUAUCAUGCGUAGCAAAGGCGAUCAACACUGCGAUGACCACCGUGUGUAUGGAGACGAGGAAUAAUUGGAUGUUGGACCAGUCUGCUUGA